UCUCUGUGCCAGUCCCUCCGUCAGUUCAAAUAACAGAGUGGGCAUUCCCCUACCACCUCUCCACGAUCACCACAUGCCCUGAAAUGCCCACUGGAAACAGGCUGAAGGCACCAAGCAAAGGAACAACCCGGAGCUCCCUCUACUGGGGCAGCUCUCUGGAGCUGCAGGAUAUGAGAGAUACUAACGUCUGGACUCCGGCCCCAGUGCUCAGGCCAGCGUGACGUCAUCAGGCAGAGAGCUGAGUUCCCAGUGGGGAUGGGGGGAAGGCUCCUGAACUGGGCAUUCCUUCCCCAAGCCUCAUCACUGUUCAGCUCCUCCUCCUCCCCCUUUAACUCCCCCUCCUCCUCUUCCUCCUCCUCUUUUUUCUCCUCCUCCAGCUCUCCCCUCCCCCUUCUGCCGGGCCUGGAAUUGGGUUUGGGGCGGGUUCUGUUUCCAAAGCCAUCUCCAACAGGCAAGGCGGGUGAGGGCUCGUCCUCCACCCUGAGCCCGAAUUUUCCGAGGCUCCAGGCAGUACUUGGCUAGCCCGCUGCCCGUGGGUCAGCAAACUCGGAGUCCCAGGAGAAGAUCGCUACGAAGGGAACUCGGAGCAUCAGGACAGCCACAGGGCAUGUGUCUAGUCGGAGGUUAAGCCUGGUGGGAAGAAAGGUCCCCUGAGUCAGGACCUCACUGAAGAGGAAAGCUGGAGUAACAGGCUUUUGUGAGGCAGGGACACACACUGGUGAGCUACUAACAGGAGCCUGGACUCCUCAGUCCUGGAGAUGGCCGGAAACUGCUCGUGGGAGGCUCACUCCACCAACCAGAACAAGCUGUGUCCUGGGCCGAGCGAGGCUCUGGAACUCUACAGCAGAGGCUUCCUGACCAUUGAGCAGAUUGCCACGCUCCCUCCGCCGGCGGUCACAAACUACAUCUUCCUGCUGCUUUGCCUGUGUGGCCUGGUGGGAAACGGGCUGGUCCUCUGGUUUUUCGGCUUCUCCAUCAAGAGGACCCCCUUCUCCAUCUACUUCCUGCACCUGGCCAGCGCGGAUGGGAUGUACCUCUUCAGCAAGGCCGUGAUUGCUCUCCUGAACAUGGGGACCUUCCUGGGCUCUUUCCCCGACUACGUUCGAAGAGUGUCCCGGAUCGUGGGGCUCUGCACAUUCUUUGUAGGUGUGAGCCUCCUGCCGGCCAUUAGCAUCGAACGCUGUGUGUCCGUCAUCUUUCCCACCUGGUACUGGCGUCGGAGGCCCAAGCGCCUGUCCGCUGGGGUCUGCGCCCUGCUCUGGAUGCUGUCCUUCCUGGUUACCAGUAUCCACAACUACUUCUGCAUGUUCCUGGGCCACGAGGCCCCUGGUACAGCCUGCCGCAACAUGGACAUCUCCCUGGGCAUCUUAUUGUUCUUUCUCUUCUGCCCACUCAUGGUCCUCCCCUGCCUGGCGCUCAUCCUGCACGUGGAGUGCCGAGCACGGCGCCGCCAGCGCUCGGCCAAGCUCAAUCACGUGGUCCUGGCCAUUGUCUCUGUCUUCCUGGUAUCCUCCAUCUACUUAGGAAUCGACUGGUUCCUCUUCUGGGUCUUCCAGAUUCCGGCCCCCUUCCCCGAGUACGUCACUGACUUGUGUAUCUGCAUCAACAGCAGUGCCAAGCCCAUCGUAUACUUCCUGGCUGGGAGAGACAAGUCACAGCGCCUGUGGGAACCUCUCAGGGUGGUCUUCCAGCGGGCUCUCCGGGAUGGUGCCGAGCCAGGGGACGCUGCUAGCAGCACACCCAACACGGUCACCAUGGAGAUGCAGUGCCCCUCUGGGAACGCUUCCUGAGAGGCCAAUGUCUGGGGCGAGGCUGCAGCAGAGAGCGGCCAGUAGCUUCCAGAGACACUCUGCCCUAGGGCAGGAGUAGGGCAGCUGCCCCUGUGCUGCUAGGGAGAAGACCUGCCUUAACACAAGGCAGAUAUCUAUCUGCCUCUUGGGUGUGGCCAAGAGGCUGAUCAGCCACCUCUAGACAGCCCCUGGGGCCUCUGCUCCCCAACCAUUCUGCUUCUGUGACUCAGUGUACCAAAGUUGCCCUCACCAGCAUGGUAGGGUCCCUCCUCAACAGAAGCUCAAGAGUGAAGGCAAGAAGGAGGUCACCUCCUCAAACGUGACCCGGCCAGCACCACCGUCACUGGACCAGCAGCCUCAGCCCCACCUGCAGGGAAUUGUUCAGCCUCCCGAGGCAGCAGCAGAACAAACCCAAGAGAACGGUGCUAUCCAGAAGAGGGUCCUGUCCACAGGCGCUGUACCCUGCAAACAAGUCCCUGCCCCUUUGAUGAGUCACCUGGUGACUAAUGGAGUAGGAUCUGCCCUUGGCAAGCCGUGUGAGACAGAAAGGACCUUCUGUCACCUUGGGUAGCUGACUGUUUUUCUGACACCCCCCAACCCCCCAGCCAGCUCUGGGCAGCUGACUGCACUCAGCAUCUUCCAGGCCACUGUGGUCCACUCCUAAAUCCUCAAUCUCCAGUACCCAUUUCAAAGUGGACUCUGGUUCCAUCCUGGUCCCUGGGAGGCUGCCACCAUGAUGUCACCCAUCUUUCAACACAGUGGCCUGUGUAGCCAAAGGAAGUUUUAUAAAAGAUAAUAAAGUAUAUAUCAUACACAUUUUUUAACCUUGCAGUGAGGCA